AUGGAUGCAGCAAGCCACGCUCUAUUUGCUGGUAUAACAAAAACUAGGGGAGGUGACAUUUCAGUUGGUAUUUCUACUAACAAUGUGGAAGUAGCAAAAGAAUUAAUAAAUAAACUUGGUGGAAAAGUAGGCAUCGGCAUAGGACUCGCCCUUGGUGCUUUGCUUGCCUAUAAAGUUAUCAAACCAUUAAUCGAUGACGCUGUUAAAAAAGGUUUUGGCGGUGAAAGAAAUGACCAAGAAGUUCGGGGCAUCAGACCAGGAUCUUUACAUGUUCUACUGCAUUGUUUUACGGAUGAGAGAUAUUUGGAAGUCUUAGAAGAGAUUGAAUCUGGAAGAAUGAAAGAACGUUUGGAUAAAGAAUUUUUAAAUAUUGGCAUUCAAACAGAAGGCCUAAUGAUGGAGAUUGAAGACAUGGAAAAAGUGAACAAAACAAAGGAAGCUAUAAACAAGAGGUAA